AUGAAGCGGGAGAAGCGCGCUGCGGCAAAGGGCACAAGGAGGCCAGAUGACGAGCACGAGGACGACGAGGGAGGCGAGGCUGCCCCGGUCGAGCCGGCUCGCUGUCAGCCCGAGAAGAGGAAGCGAAAGGCAGCGGCGCAGGCGGAGGACGGCGAGAGCGGCGACCUCUACCAGCACCGCGUCUUCGUCCGAGGUCUGCCCAGCACCACGAGCGAGAAGGCCCUGCAAAAGUUGUUCGGCGUCUUCGGCGAGGUGAGAGCCGUGAGGCUGGUGAGGAAUUCGAGGCUCGUGUUCCGAGGCAGCGCCUUCGUGAGCUAUGGCGAUGAGGACUCCGCGUCAUCGGCACUGCAGCUGGAUGGCGGGGACUACAAGGGGCACACCCUCCACGUCGCGACCGCGGAGCCGCCGAAGAAGGCCCCCUCCCUGCGGGUCUAUGUUGGGAAUGUGCCCUGGGAGGCCGACGAGAAGACCCUGCGGAAAGACUUCGGCGAGUGUGGGGAGAUAUCCAAGCUGAAGAUGAUCAAAGACGGCAAGCGCAGCUUCAAGGGCAGCCUCUGGAUCACCUACGCGAGCGAGGAGGGAGUGGGGGCGGCGCUCGCCUACAGCGGCACCGACUACUGCGGCCGGACGCUGGUCGUCCGCAGGGCCGACGCCAUGGAUGCGCCGUGCGAUGCGGAGCCGGAGCCGGAGCUGGAGGAGAAGGCCCUGCAGAGGGAGGUGCGCCGGGCGCGGGCCCGCAGGGGCGACGGCGGCGACCCCGCCGCGGCGGCAGCGGCGGGCGGUCGCUCCGACGCUCGGGCGGGGCGCGGCCGCGGCCGCGGCGCGGGCGCGGGCAGCGGGGGCGCGCGGAUGAGCCCUGCAGCACAGGCCGCUGAGCAGAAAGUCGGAGGUGCCACCAAGAGAUUCGACCCCACGAAGCAGGCCCGCCGCCGCGGCCACCGAGCCGAGAGGGCGGGGCUCCGCGGGAGGCCGAUGGCUCCGCCCGAGGCGCAGUUGCAGGGCCUGCGCGCCGAGAAUGCGCAGCUGCUGGCCGAGAACAUAUGGCUCCACGCCGCCGCCGCCGCCGCCAGCGGCGACAUGGCCAGCCGGAUCGUCCAGCAGGGACUGGAGGUCGAAGGCUUCUACCAGGAGCGCAGGCGCGUGGUCGAGGAGGUCGCUGGGCUCGCCGCCGCCCUGCCCGCCGGGGCCUCGGCGGCGGCCGCGGCGGCCGGCGGGGCCGCCCGGCUGCGGGCCGCCCUGGAGGAGGCGAGGGCCUUGCUUGUGGAGCAGGAGAGCAUGUUGGCGGAGCGCCUCGAGCUGCGGAGGGGCACGGAGCUGGUGAUGCGGAGCAGGGAGUCCGAGCACUUGCGCCACGUGCGUUGGGGCGUCCUGCGGGAAAACGAGAGGCUCGCGUCGGAGCUGCAGCCCGAGGACGCCGCUGCGGCGGGCACCGCGAGGGAGCUCCGCGCGGCCCUGGGCGAGGGGCGGGCCCUGCUCGCAGAGCAGGAGGAGCUGCUGCGGAUCCGCCAGGAGCUCCACGGCGGACCCGACGGCGCCGCCGCGUUCGGCCCGGCGCUCGCGGAGGGCGCGCGGCUGCGCGCGGAGCGGGCGGCGCUGGGCGCCGAGCGGCGGGCGCUGCUCGGGGCCCUCGGGGCGGCGCCUGGCAGCGCGGAGGAUGCCCUGCUUCCGGCGCCGGAGCCUUCCGACUGCCAGCUGGACGCGGCGGUGCUGCACGUGGCGCGGAGGUGUGCCCGGCUGCGGGCCGAGGUCGCGCUGCUGCAGGAGGAGGGGGCGCAGCUGCGCGAGUGGCUGGACGCCGCAGCGGGGCCGCUGACGACGCCGACCCAGGAGCUGGUGCCGCUGCCGGCUGGCGAAGAAGCGACAGCGCCAGGCGGUGCAGACGCAGCCACAGCCGUGCCAGCGCGGGCGGAGCCGACUGCCCUGGCCUUGGCAGCACCGGCUCCAGCACGAGGGCCCGCAGAAGAGGCAGCGCCGCUGCGGGCAGCCAAGGCCGUGGCCACGGACGUGGCCAGGGCCAUGGCCGCGGAAGCCAUCGCGGGAUCGGUUGUCAGGGCUCCACCGCCCGCGGCGCAGCCGGCGCGGCCAGCGGCGGCCCCGGUGCCCGCCGUGGCGCAGUCUUCGGGGCGGGCGCAGGGCGGCCUGCAGCAGGGCUGCCAGCGCGAGGCGGAGGAGGCUCAUGCUUCGCGCGGCACGGUGCAGGGGUGA